AGAGCUUAUUUUGGGUCAUUCGUUGCUCGCUUCCAACUUGUACUUCGUUUGGAUUUUAGUAGGUAGAGGUGCCUUUCGCUUCGCUAAACUUGCAACAUAGCAUAGUUUAGUAUUUUCAUUCAAAGAAAGCUGGCGGGUGUGCAAAGCAAAUGUGUUAAUUUUAAAACAACUGUGUCAAAGUAACUUUUAAAAGGAGCGUUGGCUUAUAACAAUACUAUUGUGAAUGAAAUAGUUGAGGACGAAGGGCGCGGCGCGUGGCAAGAAGGCACCAUGGAUGAUGACCAGCAGUUCUGCCUGCGGUGGAACAACCACCAAUCGACGCUGGUGUCUGUGUUUGAUACAUUGUUAGAGAAAGGAAUUCACGUGGAUUGCACCUUGGCUGCUGAAGGACAAACACUCAAAGCACAUAAAGUAGUUUUGUCUGCGUGCAGUCCUUAUUUCGAGAACGUAUUAUCUCAACAGUAUGACAAACAUCCAAUAAUAAUUCUAAAAGAUGUUAAAUAUGCCGAGUUAAGAGCUAUGAUGGACUACAUGUACCGUGGUGAAGUAAACAUAUCACAAGACCAGCUGGCGGCUCUGUUGAAAGCAGCAGAGUCGCUGCAAAUCAAAGGUCUUUCAGACAACAAGCCAUCAAGACCACCGUCGCGCCCCCCUCAAGCAACUGCACACCCGCCCCGUGCACCGUCUCCCCCACCACAAGCGCGAGACGGCAGCGUGGACAGCCGCUCGGGCUCGCUCAGCCCGAGCCGGCGCCGGAAGAAAGCGCGCCGCGCGUCCGCCUCGCCCGCGCCGCCCGCGCCCGCGCCGCCCGACGCGCGCGACGAGCCCGCGCCGCUCAAGGAGGAGCUGUCGCGCGACGGCGUGGAGGACCUCACGCUGGACGAGGAGGCGGACGAGCAGCCCGCCGUCGCACACAACGACGUCGUACGCAAUUUUCAAUGGCAUAUGGAAAGAUCUCAAGAUGAAAUUAUGAAUUCAAAUGACAGUGUUCGAGAGAGUCAAGGCGAGGAGUCGUUCGCGCGGCUGGGCGGGCUGUCGUGGGAGCAGUGGUCGGCGCGCCUGGCGCUGCCGCUGGUGGCCGGCAUGCGCGUGGGCGCGCCCGCGCUGCCGGCGCCGGGCGAGCCCAGCUUCACGUGCCCCGACUGCGGCCGCGUCUACAAGCUCAAGUCGUCGCUGCGCAACCACCAGAAGUGGGAGUGCGGCAAGGAGCCGCAGUUCCAGUGCCCCUACUGCGUGUACCGCGCCAAGCAGAAGAUGCACAUCGCGCGCCACAUGGAGCGGAUGCACCGCGAGGUGCACGUCAAGCACGAGCAGUACAUCAAGCAGGACAACGUGGACGCCUGCACGUAGUCCGUCCGGACGAGGCCGAUUGCGAUAUUUUACAUUUCUCAUACGAUUAGUUCAGGCUCCUCAAGUUUUUAGCCGAUUGUGAUAAAUGUGAUGAAAUCUCUUUUGUGAUAGUGACGUGGGACGGUCACGUUAGUUGUAAUCGCCUUCCUCGAUAGGCCACAUUGUGCCUUAGCUCGUUACCUACUCCGGUCUAGGAGUGUGGAGUGUUAUAGAUACCGUAUGAAUUUAAUCUCAUGACGAAUUUCUCUAAGUAUUCACACUGGUUGCAGUUAUUUGCGACGGUGUACGCAACUGUUGCAUUUAUCCAGUACGUUAAGAAAAGUGAUUUGUAUAGUUACGCUUCUAUAUAUUUUUAUAUACAGCAUUUAUCUUGUAAAUUAUCAUUCCUGAUUUUGAAGAAGAUAGGCGUGUAGCUUCGCUAGAUCGUUCCUUAGGAAAAUAUAGCUCCUUGUUACCAGUUACAGUUACUAUUGACUAAAUUUAACGUUUAUAUGUUAAAAAGAAUUCAUUCAUUGGCGAGUUUGGAUUUGGGUUCAUUUGUUUUGCCGAGAUUAACGUACAACAUAAGUGGGUACCUAAAUGUAGUGAGAAUGGAAAAGUUGUAAUGAAUACUUGCAUUCUCAUGUUUUAUUUUAUUACUUAGUUAUUAGUUAAAAUGAAGCUAUUUUGUCGCUUAGUAAUGCAAGUUUUAGAUCUUUGCCAUAAUGCAUGUUCCAUUAUUUUUGUAAUACUCAAUAUAAGUUAAUUUUUUAUAUUUUUUUUUUGAUUAUUUUAGAUCUCUUUACGUGUAAUGCAUUUAUUUUAUAUUAAUCUAGAACGUAAAGUCUGUCCUGACGACAGCAGAGAUCAGAUAUUGUUUAAGUGGUAUUAAUUUUAAGUUCCUGGAGAUGAAUGUGAGGUGUAAUGACUCGUUGUUCGAUGUUAUAUUUGGGGCCAAUUGUUUUUUUACUUUAGAUUAGGUCAGACCAGUGGAAAUGAGUGCCUUAUUAAAUUGAUUGUUAAAUUGUAGACACUGCCAUUGAGGGAUUAUCGCAUGAGUGACCCGCACAAAGGAAUCAUGUCAUAUUUGGAUGAUAUCGAAAUCUUCCAUUUAGAUUAUAAGUACUUUCUAUACAUUACCAUUUAGAAAUUAUAAGUUUACGAUGAUACCACGGUAAGCAGAAUUGUUCGCGUUGUAAACAUUACCUCGGUUCGUUUAAAAGCAAGAGAGAGAGAAUCGUUUAAGAUUGUCGGAUAAUUUUGUUUUCGUGAUACGUACGUGAUUAGAAUAAUCAGCAGGAGUUACCAUCAUACAAUCAAAAUGUAGAGCUCGUUAAGUACAACCAUACAAGUCAUUUCAAUAUAACAUUAAGUGCCUUCAAAAUGUUAGUCAUUAGGGUUUAAAAUAUUUCAAAAUGGAGAAAAGUUUCGGUCAAAUUAAUCGUAUUGUAACUUGUUAUUGCAAAUAUCUAGGUUGUGAAUUUUGACAAUAUUAAUACUAGGGUUCAAUCGUUUAUUAGAACCGUCAUCGAACACACCCAGUACAACACAGCUGUGAUAAGAAUAUUCUCAAACGUUUUGAAUAUUUGUCGUAUUCGGAACGAGCAAAUUUAAAGAUAUAUUAUUGAAAUCGUAACAAACAAGCCUAGAUCUAGUGAGCCGGUAAAAUCUAGCCGAUAUAUAGUAAGAUGUAUCGCUACGCAGUGUUGACGGCCUGUAGCGUGUAAUCUGACAAUAGAAGUUACAGUGAUUAAAUGCAUUUGAUUGUAUUUUAUAACCUUUUUGUAUUUUAAAUAAAGUUGCUAUUCUUGAUA